AGUUGCACAACCGCACCGAUCAACCCACCUGAGCUCAUCGUAUAAAUUCUGCCGUUUGCUCUCCCGGCUUUGCUGCUCGCCACUUACAGCUGCCUACCACCCACGGCUCAAGAACAGCCAUCCACAUCCACCUGGAACCAUGCAGUCCAACGACAGGAAAUUCAACAAAAACAGCCUCAUCUUGACUCUGAAACGAUACAACUCGGCUGUCACUGACAUGGAGAAGACCGUCCUCCUGCCGAGCCUGUUGCGGGACGUGCCCUCUGACGAGGUGCUGGACCACGACGACGCAGCCGAAGAGAGCUGCAGAGAUCUGUAUUCCUGCUACAUGAUGCUCAAGGCGAUUCGAAACACGGUGGAGAGCAACCUGGCUCCCCUGGACGACUACAAGGUCAAGAACCCGGGACUCAACAAGGUCGCGGAGCCCCACUUGGAUCCUGAAGCUCUUUUCCGUUUCCAUCUGAGAGGACUGUUUUCUGUGAUGAGUGAGCUCACAAAGCAGACAAGGAGCGUCACUGAGAAAUACUUGGACAUAAUUGGAGUUGCAAAUUAAUGGCAAAGAAAUGAAACAAAAAAUGCCAUUUCUAAAGCCUCUCACCAGACCAUCUCAAAUGUCUGAUUUCAUUGACACUUUUAACCUACUAUGAAAUAAAUGGUCUUGACUAAA